AUGACUUCCAUCGUCCUCGUUACCGGAGCCAGCGGCCUUUUGGGCCGCCAGGUGUUUAACACGUUCCAGCACUCGGGUGUUCUGGUGGUCGGCCAGGGCUUUUCGCGCGCAGCCCCGCCAACCGUGCUCAAGGCCGAUCUCGAGAAGGAAGCGGAUAUCAAGCACAUUCUCAACGAGGUCAAGCCUCAGAUUGUUAUUCACUGUGCCGCCAAUAAAUCGCCGGAUCUGGUCGACAAGAACCCGGAACAAGCACGCAAGGUCAAUGUCGAGGCCACUCGCAUCUUGGCCGAGGAGUGCGAGUCGCGUGGUGCCUUCCUGAUCUACAUCUCGACCGACUACGUCUUCCCCGGCAAGGAAGGCGAGGCGCCCUACGAGAUCGACGCCGACACCCACCCGCCCAACCUGUACGGCCAAUUGAAGCGCGAUGGAGAAUUGGCUGUCCUGCAGGCCAUGAAGGAAUCUGGUCGGGCCGUCGUCCUCCGUGUCCCGGUGCUGUAUGGCACUGCCAGUGAGAACUCCGAGAGCGCGGUCAACACUCUAGUGGAUGCAGUGUGCAAGGCCCAGGAUGCAAACGCGGGCAUCAAGAUGGACGACUGGGCGCAACGCUACCCCACCAACACGGAGGACGUGGCGCGUGUUUCCCGGGACAUCGUCAUCAAAUACCUGAAGGAGAAGCACCGGAUCAAGGAGCUUCCUCACAUCCUGCAAUUCUCCUCGGAGGACCGCAUGACCAAGUACGAGAUCUGUGAGACACUAGCCCAGGCGAUGGGAGUGCAACUCCCUGGUAUGAUUCGCAACAAGCAAGGCAACGACCCCAACGCGAGUGUCCAGCGGCCGUACGAUACACACCUGUCGACCAAGGCGCUGGUGGAGCUCGGCAUUGACGUGCGCACUACCGAUUUUACCGCCUGGUGGCGGAGGGAAAUGGCUGCUCAUCGCAAGCAAUAG